AUGAGAGCUGCCCAAUGUCCAGCAUUCUGGCUUCCAAAGAAUACAGGAAAGAGAUUGACAGGGUGGCUUGUACGCGCCAGAGUAAUGGCACUUUUGAACAAGGAGAGCAAGUACUGGCGUCUUCUCCAGAACUCAUUUUUCUCUAUAUGUGCCUUUGCCUCAUCAAGAUGGAAUGUCAUAGCUGAUAUCCCAAUUGUCGCUUCUCUGGUCAAUGAUUCCUCUGGUCGGCACUGA